CAUCCAAACAUUAGCUCGCCGAGUAGCUUCUAGCUAGCCAAACUCUCCAGAAAAUAGAGCUUGCAGCCUGUGUAAUCUAUGAGUCGCAAAAGAAACCACGGUUUCGCCGAAACGAGUCUUUCUCCUGAACUCCACGGCGCCUUCAUGGAGCCUCCAGGGUCAGCGAGCCGAGCCGACGGCGAUUUUCUGGAGCUGGAGACCGACGAGGAGCUGCUCUGCUCGGUCAGCGACAUCACCGAGCACCUCGGCAGAAACAUCACGGUGGUGCUGGAGACAGCUCUGUCUGAGAUCCGCAAAAUGGUCAGCAUCAGGAUACGAGUCCUGAAAAUGGAGCUGCGGGAGAAAACCGAAGAAAUCGAAGUGUUAAAGGACAGACUGGAUGCAGUCCAGAGGGAUGGUAGGGACCCUUUCCCCGGCGUUGCGACCACGGAUCCGUCUGCAGAUGCUGGCCUCAAGAAAUCUGAUUUCAGCUCCGUCAACAAACACAACAAUGUCGACCCCAGGAGAGCCAAAGCUGUCAUGCCUGGUGUGAAAAAGGAGAAUAUAGAUGCCAUUUGUGACUAUUUGAUGAAAGACAAGAACUCGAGGGGGUGUGCUGAAAUGGACGGAGAUCAGAGCAGUCAAGCCAGCGGCGACAGGGAGGCUCGCCAGGAGCAGGACCCGCACUCCCUCAACCUGUGGCCGGACAGCGGGAUGGCGGGCUCCGGGCCUGGGCACGGAGACUCCGAGUCCGCCACGGAUGACAUCUUCAGCAUGCUCCCGUCUGGCAGCAAGCGGAUGUAUGACUACGAAUGGAUAGCACCGAUGGAGUAUUCUGCAGACCUGAAAGUCAUGAAGGAGCCUGAGUGUGAGAACACCCCCACCUGUGAGACGGAGGACGAUGAGGAGGACGAGUCGUCGAGGAGGGAGGGGGGUGGACUGGUCCAGACCCGGCUCUCACACGUCCAGUCCUCUGAGUUCUCCAUGGAGCCCCAAAGCUCUCCGGGGGAAGGAGAGGGCAAUGCAGACAGGCCCACAGCAGGCCAGCAGUUCCCCAGUCACACCUACAUCUGCUCUCUGUGUGGAACCUUCUGCCCUGACUCUGUGUUUCUGGAGGAACAUGUCAAACUCAUACACUCGGACUCUGCUGAUGCCCAGGCUCUCCAGGCCCUGCAGUCUUCCUGCUCAGCUGCACCCACCGUGGGGGAUGGCAGUAGUGACUCCAGGAUGGGUGGAGGGGGGCAGAACGAGGGCGGUACGGGAGUAGGCGCUGGUGCCGGGGUCGGUCGGGGAGGGGGGCACGUGAAAAAGGAUAUCAAAAUCGAGGGCGGGUAUGAGUGCGGGGACUGUGGCCGCCAUUUCAACUAUCUUGGUAACCUGCGGCAGCAUCAGCGUAUCCACACUGGAGAGAAGCCCUUCAUGUGUCCAGAGUGCGGGGAGAGGUUCCGCCACGCAGCCCGCUUAAAAAGCCACAGACUGGUGCACAGCGGAGCCCAGAGCCCCUUCCCCUGCCCCCAGUGCGGGAAAGGAUUCUCAGUGCUCUCUGGACUCAAGAGACACCAGCGGGUGCACACCGGUGAGAGCCCGUACGCCUGUCCACAGUGCGGCCGGCGCUUUAAGGAGCUGGGUAACCUGUACACCCACCAGAGGAUCCACAGCGGAGCGACGCCAUAUUGCUGCCAGCAGUGUGGACGCAGCUUCCGUCAUCUGGGAACCUACAAGAGCCAUCGCUGCACCCCAGCACAGUGACCAGUCCUGCUGCUACGCUUUCUAUGCUUACUGAUACCAAGACAUUUAAAGACAGGACAUGGUGCUUACUCUGAGGCAUGUUUCUUCAUUGUGUAGCUCUCUGUUGACACCGGUGGGGGGUUGGGGGCGCUGGUCUUGUGGAGAACAGGGGUGGUAUCCUGAAAUGCUGCCCACGCUUUCAUGCUCUGUCACAUUUCACUCCUGCAUCAGCCAUGCAGAAAAGCUGCAUCACUGAGCGUGACCUCAGACACAGCAGUGUAACACCACUGUUAGCUCCAGGUCUGCAUCAGCCACAUCACACACGCUGCAGCAGACUUUUCUCAGUUGUCAUGAAAGUGUUUUUCUGAGGACUUUCAGGACAUCUUGUCCCUGUUGAUUCUUCUUCUUUUCUCCACAGUUUCAUGACAACAGAGCACACUUCACCUGCUGACGGACACUGCGUAGGUGUGGCUGAAAGCUCUGCAACGAGCUAGAGGUCAGAAUGUUUUGUUCAUGAGCUGAUCAGAGCCCUUCAGGCACCGCGUGGAGCAUGUAAGAGGGGAUUGUGUUUUCAGGUCAAGUCAGAGUUAUCAUGGAUCCACCCCUGAAACCCCAGAGGAUGACCUCUUUUUUUUUUUACUGGAAGGCAUCAGUGCAGAGGGCUCAGUCUCACAAUCACUGUUUUAGUAUGUUUGAGCUGAUUUACUUUAAUUUGAACAUACUUUAAAGGAUCUUUCCUGCUUAUUAAAAACUUUGUCAUUCAUCAUUUCUAUCUGUUGUAAUAUUAAGUCCAAUGGGGUAAGAAAAGCAAGCAGUCAGAUGAUCAGACAGGCUGUGAACAGACUCCCUGAUCAGGGAGUGAAGGUGAAGUAUUACUCAGACUGUCUGUAAACAGCCAUCACAGUUUACAGACUUCAACUUUGACCUGCUGUGCUUCCUGCAGUUGUGUGCAGUUUUCUGUGCAGUGAGGGAUCAGUAGUAACAUUUCCAGCCCCUCACUCAAACUAAAUCUAGUGGUUUAGAUAAUCUGGAUAGAGUGUUCAGCACAGUUCAGUAUACAGAAUAUUCAGUACGCUGUGGAAAUUAGCCUGAAUAGACUUGAAGCUGGCUUGAGAGAGGUCAUCGAAGCAAACAUCAUUGAUUUCAUUUUGUGCUGUCCCUUUGUUGUUGUGUACACUGUAGUAAUGCAGCUGAUCAGCAGAGUGUAAGAGUGCAGUCAUGUUUGGUCGCCAACUCUAAAAGUGGUAGCCUGCUCAUAAUGUCCGUGUCAGACACUCAGUGUUUGCUGGAGAAGGAGCUGUACCAAUGCAGUGGUUUCCUUCGUGAAUAGCUGAAGCCCUAACCCCAACCCUUCCUGCAAGAACAGAAUGUGUGAAUAUGAAAAUUCUCGUCUCAUUCAUUUCAGUGACUCCAGUCUGGUGUCAACACAGAGGGCUGUGGCAAAAAAAAAAAAAAAAAAGCAAAACGCUGGCUUGUCUGGUAACAAUGCUGAACCUGGCUCAACACAGCGAGGCGCUGCGCUGGCCAACUGCACACGUGCAAGCUCACAUUCCUCACAAAAAGGCUGUAUUUCUGCUGUUGACCUGAGAUAAUUGUGGUAACUCUCCUGAGUUGUAAAAUACCAUCUCUGAUUAUAAGAAACAGAGUGUUUAGUGUCUGAGAAGCAGUUGCAGGAAGUCAUUUAAAAGUACACUUCUACACACUACACACUAUAUUUUGGAGGUCAGUAUUGUACGUUUUACCCCAAUACAUUUAUUUGACAGCUUCAGUUACUCGUUACUUCGCAGAUUCAGAUUGUUCAUACAAUAUAUCUGAAUCAGCUAAUGACCUAUGAUGUAUUAAUAUAGAUUAAGCAACCCGACAGCAUAUAAAGUAGUUGACCUUAGCUCCACCUCUACUAGCUGCAACAUGAGUGAUGUGUAAACGUUAACUCGUCACUAAUUAUAAUCCAGUGAUAUACGUUAUUCUGUAGAACAACUGCUUUUAUUUAAUCAAGACUUAUUUAAUCAAGAAGUAUUGUUGCAGUGUAAUAAUGGUCAGUUUUCUGAAGGAAAAGAUCUGAGUACUUGUUCCACCACUGCUGAGAAGCUUUCACAUUCACUGAUCUGUUACUCAGACUUCCUGGAUUGUGUUUCAUAGGUAUCUGAAGCAACACACCCCCACCAACGCAGCCCCUGGCAUUGUUCUAGCAGGGCUGAUUUUGAUCUGAACACCCGCUAAAACCACGGCUGCAGCAUAAUCCACCUUUCAUGGAAACGUUCAUAGUGUUUCAGACUUUUUCUAAAAAUGUGUAAAUGCUCCAUUUUUCGCAGAUCUUCAUAAUUGGAACAUGGUCGCACGUUGGAAUUUACUGUAACUGACAUGAAGCACUUCUUUGUGAAAGAAUAAAUCCAAAUUUUAGCAGCCAUUAAAGCCUACAGGGGUGGAUGUUUGAUGCUACACCCACAUAUAAUCUAUAAUUUAGUAUUACCUUAAUGGACAAACCACACCAGAUUGACUCCUUUCUCACUGUUUGUGCCACAUAAUGCCGGUCAUGAUGUUCAUUAAAUGAUGCGCCGCGAUACAACUCGGCAGGUGUGUGUUGCAGUUAAGGCUCAGAGGUUCGGAGCAGCAACAUUUCUUACAAGUUUACUUCAAUUUUUCAUGGCACAGUAACUGAACUACAACUGAGUUCAGUGAAAAUGCUGCUGAUGGAUUACAGAUCUCAAAUACAUUUCACUGUGUUUCAUGAAUGGCUGCCAGCAAUGAAUGUGAGUGGAAAUGGUUGAGAGAUUUGAAGAGACAUGGUGGAAAAUCUGAUUUUAUAGAAAGAUACUAUUGAUUCAGAAUUAAACAACAUUAAACACUGAUACUGUACACGUGGUUUCAGCCCAACAGGAACUCCGACAUAAUAAGAAAAUCUGGGUACUUUGGACAUUGGCCACCAGUCUGUGGCUUUGAUUAGGAAACAUUAACAGUGUUGAAUAGAUCCAGUGGUUUAGAUUAUGAAUCCAUUCAUUCAUUUCUGCCUUAACCUGCUGAGCCUUCAGGAUAUCCCGUCGCGACCUUGCUGUGUGGUGAUGGAUGGGACUGUCCGAGCACCAUCACCCACAUGUGGUCUGACUGUGGAAUCGCAGCAAAACAGAUCUCAUACUGCUGACUGUCUUUAUCAUGACACUGCUUGGUGCUACGUGUAGAGCAGAACGUUAAUCAUCUCAUUUUUAACCAAUGUAAUGUAAUGUUACAGACUGUAUAUUGGUUAUUUUGUAUGUUUGCCUAUAUGACAACUGAAAAUUGUGUAAUGACAAAAAAAAAACAUUCUUGAAGGAAAAUAGCAUCUCUGGUGUCUGGUGUGUUCACUCACUUGGUCCGAGAAUUUGACCUGUUACUCAAGCUCGUCUGUAAAAUGAGUUUCUUAGCACUGAAAAACAAAAACACAACUUGUGGAAGUGAAAUUCUGAUCAUUGACGAUCUGCUUUCUUACAAAUGUUUGUCUUAAUGUCAUAAAUGAGUGUGGCUUUUUAACAAUGGUGGAAUGUAACUGAGAACAUGUACUAUACAGCAAGUACAGUACUCAGUACACACAGUACUUGUACUUUCCAUUUCAUGCCACUUUACUACAUGUCACAAGGAAAGAGUUUUUACUUUUUAUUCCAUUACAUUCAUUUGACAGCAAUAAUUACUACUUUUCAGUUCAAUUUUUCCAAACAAAACAUGAUUUACGUAUUAAAUAUGAUAUAUUGUCGUUCUGUACCCA